CGGUAUUUAUGUCUUCCUUGCAUCCUGUAAUUUUUUAAAUUAUCGUUUUCUGCCCCAGUCCCCGUAUAUGGUCUUGCACUCCGUCCAAGUGCAACCUAGGAGUGCAUAGAAAUGUGAAAGUGCAAAAAAAGCUCCUCUAAUGAAAGUUUAAUAGCUUUGAGCUUUCGAAGCAGAUGGGAAAUCGCCAAAUAAGUUUCAAUGUCUUGUACGGCGCUCAAAAUGUUCAUAUGAAAAACAAUGGCUCCACCGUUGAUCUCAUCUUGGACAAGUCUUCAGGAUGUGGGUUGGCCUCAAAAGAGAGGUAUUACUAUGGAUUCUUCAAUGCUGCUAUAAAGCUCCCAGCAGGAUUCACAUCUGGAGUUGUUGUGGCCUUUUAUGUUCCUAGUGGACAAUAUACCGGUGAGAGAGGUGAUAAACAAAAGGCAUCAUGCACCGAUGAAUAAUGUAUACCCGGCCAAGCCAAUGUCGGUAUACUUGACAAUCUGGGAUGGGUCCCAGUGGGCCACCCACGGUGGGAAGUACCCUGUCAAUUACCAAUAUGCCCCCUUCGUGGCAUCCAUGGGAAGGGCAGAACUGGAAGCCUGCGCCGCCCCACCAUCAUCACCACCAUGCAUGGAAGGAGAGGGGUUUGUGAAGCUGAGUGAGGAGCAAAAGGGGGGAUUGGAUUGGG